AUGCGCCUCGCCUCGGCCCCGGAUGACUUUCUUCUCCUGAAGCCCCUCGACCCGUACAACGACUUGGGCGACUAUACGGUCUAUGAGAAAGACCUGCACUUUCUCUUUUGCAAAGAUUGCGGCAUGCGUUGCUUCACUUUCAUGGGGAAGGGUGAGGUGGUGGACGUAGAUCUAACGGUUCUAGGAGUCGGCGCUGGGACCGACUCCGGGUCGGAGGAGAAGAAGGCCCGCAGCAAAGGCGGGCCGGCGGCUACGGCGACGGCGGGCGAGAAGAGCAUGACAAAGGUGUGGAGACCGAAGAAGGAGGGGUGGGUGGAGGGCAAGAAGUUCGGAAGCUAUUUGAGUGUCAACGGAUAUUCCGUCGACGCCGGUCAGGAGGGAUUCGAUCUACGCGAGAUAACGGAGAAGAAUCGUGUGCCUCUGGACAUUGCCGACGGAGUAUCACUGCGGAGGUCUGCAUUCCGCUCCCGGCUGACUACCGCGCAGCCAACGGAGGCUUAG